CCAAAGCACAAUUAGAGUAAUCUAUCCUUAAGAUCCUCCAAAAAUGCCUAUUGAGAUAAUUGACCUUACAAGUUCCCCCGACUCACCUCCAUCAACACCUGUAUCUUUAUCUAAUCUACCAACGAUCCUUAAUUUUGCUCCCGUUUCUACCAACCCUAAUCUUCACCACCAAAUCCAUCCCCACCAGCACCAAACUACCUUGUUUGUACCACCACCUCCAGGAUUUGAGACCCCUCAAAUUGCUACCGGUUGGCCUCAACCUGGCAUGUAUCAUAGCCAAAUUGCAAUGGUUCUCAAACCGUUACCUGAACCAAAGACAUCCCAAUUCUCAAAUGGAGCUAGGCUCGGGGUUUCUUGGAGUCAAUUAGAGCAUGACUUAUUUCUGAUGGGGCUGAUUGAGUAUGGAAAAGGGAAAUGGAGCAAAAUUGCUAAGAACUAUGUAUCUAGCAAGACACGACAACAAGUUAAAAGCUAUGGUUUAAGCUUCUUCAUGUACCUACCAGCCACAUUUGUGCAUGGUUUUAGGAAAAGAAAACAAAUUGCAAAUCCCAGCAACUCUGCUUCCAAGAGAAACAGGAACUCACCAUCUGCUCCAUAUUAUGGAGAAGAAGCUAGCAGCAGCAACACCAACAACUAUGAAGCAAUCACUUCCAUGACUCUGCCUAGUGCUUCUGAUGAUGGAGGAGUUGAUUUGGAACUUCGUUUGGGUUUGUCUAAGUGAAACUUUGAAGCAUAGGUGUCAUGCAUGCAUGGACAAAUUAAGCUAGAAUCUCUUUAGAUAGCUAGCUCUAGUUUAUCACCAUAAUAUGUGGCUUUUUAUUCGUAACUUUUUUUUUUCCUUCUUUUCUGUUUUGAAUUUGGUUGGU